CGUUGGCAAAACAAACGGUGACGUUUCCAACUUUCACGAUUUGUAACCUCUCAUUCAAAUCUUCAAUUCUGCCCCCGUGGAGCCGCUGUGGCUGUAAUUUUAAAGUAUACCCAGUGAUUUCAUUUCUUCAAGUUCAGUUGCACAGUUUAAUUCAAGCUCUCUAUCACGGCCGCGAUCUAAAGUCCGGAAUGGCUCCUCCAUCGACGAAACAACAAAAACCCAAGUACACGAAAGACCAAGAAGAAGAGCUCCUACUUCAGGAUUUUAGCAGGAAUGUGUCUCCUAAAUUUCAAGCUUUAUUCUAUGGAAAUGCCUUCAUUGUCUCUUCAAUCCCAAUAUGGUUGUACUGGAGGAUUCAUAUGAUUGACUUAUAUUCCUCUUUCAUCUCCUUCAUUGUAGUCACUGCUUUAAGUACUUAUUUAAUUGCAUUUGCUUACAAGAAUAUGAAGUUUAUCUUAAAACACAAGUUUGCUGUCAUUAGAGAAGAUGCGGUUACGAAGGAAGUAGCCAACAAAUUGAAUACUGAUAAAAAAAUGAGCAAGAAAGAAAAGGAUGAAAGGAUAUCAUGGAAGAAAAAUGAAGUUGCCGAUUACGAAGCAACCAACUUUUCAAUAUUUUACAACAAUGCUCUAUUUCUAGCUGUUGUCAUUUUCUUGAGUUUUUAUCUGUUGAAGAAUUUUACACCAGCAGUAAAUUAUAUUCUCUCUGUUUCCUCUGCAGCUGGAUUAAUUGCCCUUCUCACAACUGGCACUCAGUAGCACAAUUAGAACAAUCCUAUCUCUCAAUUCUCCUCUAAUUUUGUAUAAAGUAAAGUUUUAAGAAAUGGCUUGAAUUAAACUGUAAUUAAAUUAUCGUCUUUAUUUUAGUUUGUAAUUGUUUCCAAGAUUUAGUAAAAUUAAGGUGAGUUUUUGAUA